AAUCGUAUUAGACUUAUCCUCUUACUGGCAAGUAGCGCCCUCAAUUCUCAUAAGCACGUGUGGUGGAUAUUUUCACAAGCUUUUGAGACAAUGUUCAUUCACUUGUGGGUCACUCCUUUAGAAAAAGAUUUUUGUUUUCAACUCCAAGACGUAAAAGAAUUUUGUGUGCAAGAUAAAGGAUCAAAUUGAUUGGGAUUUUCUCACCUUGCUACAUCUUGAAUUUGCCUAUGAUGUCCGAAGUAAAGGCCAUAGAGCACCCUACACUCAAGGUGCCGUAUGAAAUUCUCAAUAAGAAAUUCCGAAAUGCCCAGAAACAAUUAGACAGAGAACUCAAUCAGAUCCAGAAUGUGGCAUCAGAGCUGGAGAAAGGCUUAACAAAUGGAUCAGCUGGGGAGAUAUCACGUCUCCUUGGUGGUGUUGUGGAACGCCUGCAGGUGUUGAAACGCAAAGCUGAGGAGAGUAUUUCAGAGGAAAUUGCUGCAGGGUAUGUCUGCAAGCGACGUCUGGAGCACCUAAAACAGAAUGUCGUAGCUCUUCCCAAUCCUGACAUUGAGGUUCAACUUGCAGCCACAAAUCAAUGGAAAAAGACUCGUCUUGACAGAAUGAUUGUUGAGCAUUUCCUUCGACUGGGCUACUACGAAUCCGCCGAACGUCUCGCCAUCCGCAGUGGCAUUCGUGACCUCACCAAUCUGGACAUCUUCCAGACAUCACGCGAGGUGGAGCAAGAUCUUGCGAAUCACAGGACAACAAAAUGCAUGCUGUGGUGCAAUGAGAAUAAGUCAAAGUUGCGCAAGAUUUGUUCAAAUAUUGAAUUCCAACUUCGUAUGCAAGAAUUUGUUGAGCUUGUGCGUCUUGACCGUCGUCUGGAUGCCGUGAAGCACGCCCGGAAAUACUUUCCGGACUUUGGGACAGAGCAACUCAAGGAGAUCCGUCAGUGUAUGGGACUCCUGGCAUUUCCUGUAACCACCGAAAUUGAACCGUACAAAUCACUCUUUGAUCCACAACGCUGGAAUGAUCUCGUGCUCAAUUUUCGCAUGGAGAACUAUCGCCUCUUCCAGCUGGCAACACAAUCAGUCCUCAGUGUUGCCGUACAGGCUGGUCUCUCUGCCCUCAAGACACCCCAGUGCUACUCAAUUGGCUCAAAGAACAUCAGUUGCCCUGUGUGCCAGGAAAAUUUCAAUGAGAUUGCGGAGAAUUUGCCAUAUUCUCACUGUGCCCAGAGUCGUCUCAUUUGUCGUGUCACAGGGAAGCCCCUCAAUGAGCACAAUUUGCCAAUGAUGCUGCCCAAUGGGCAAAUUUUUGGACAACAGGCAUUGCCACACAUCACGAAGGAGAAUGGCAUCAUUGUGUGCCCAAUAACAAAUCAGACAUUUUGUCAGCCAAAAAUUGAGAAGGUCUUCGUCAUGUAGAUUUAUUGGGGCAAAUCUCAGGCGUGUGGUGAGACGUGUUUUGGUGUCCAAGAGAUGAUGGGCUACACCAUGGAGAGAUCUCCUCGCAUUAAAAUAUCAUUUUAUUGGUAAAUUAAAUUAUCUUUAAGGCUUUUUCCUCCCUCAAAUAUUUCUCGAGUAAAUAUUAAGAUAAAAAAAUGAGCAAAAUCUAUUCGAUCGUAUAAGCAAUUCUUGAAUUAUUAUUUUUUUACUUUGAAAAUUUCUUACUCUUUUCCAAAAAAAAAAUGAAUUACUGUUGAGGAAAUAAGAAUUGGAUAUCGUAUCGUGGUUUAGAUGAUAGAGAAGAAAAAAAAUUAAGAUGAAGAAAAAUGAGAUAAAAAUUUUUUGAAAUGACAAAAGACAAAAUUAUGGGUAAAUUAGAAAUAAAAACAAAAUGUUAAAUUGAUGGAUUGACCUCUUUGACGUGACCAUAAUUUAUUUUUCACUCACAUAGUUGUGUCCAAUGUGAGUUUAUUCUAUAAAUGAUUACAUUUUUAAGUACUCUCCCCCUACCCCAAAUCUUUUUGUAUAAGGAAAUCUCAUCUCUUAUGAAUAAACAUAUGAGAUAUUGUGAAA